AUGGAUUUAAGGACAUUUGGUAUAUUAUGUGGGUUGCUUCACAUUAAUGGAAGGGUUAAAAAUGAUGGUUUGGUGACUUUGGAGGAACAAGUGUGUAUAUUCUUACAUGUACUUGCACAUCAUGUUAAGAAUCGUACUAUUAGAAGUAGAUUUAUUCGAUCGGGUGAGACCAUUAGUAGGUACUUCAACUCUAUGUUGCAAGGAAUUUUAAGAUUGCAAGGUAGCCUAUUGAGAGUGUUGAAACCUGUGGGUGAGAGUUACACAGAGUAUAGAUGGAAAUGUUUUAAGAAUUGCUUGGGAGCUCCAGAUGGAACUUACAUUAAAGUUUGUGUGCCUAAAACUGAUAAACCAAGAUAUCGAACUAGGAAGGGUGAAAUUGCAACAAAUGUGUUGGCUGUUUACUCACGCGAGAUGCAAUUUAUAUUUGUAUUGCCUGGUUGGGAGGGAUCUGCAUCUGACUCUCGAGUCCUUCGUGAUGCCAUAACUAGGCUAAAUGGGCUAAAAGUUCCCACGGGUGUUUAUUACUUGGUAGAUGGUGGUUACACAAAUGGUGAGGGAUUUCUUGCACCAUAUAAAGGAACAAAGUAUCAUAUAUCCGAAUGGAGAGAUGGAUAUACAGCUGCAAAUCAUCAAGAAUAUUUUAAUAUGAGGCAUUCGAAUGCAAGAAAUACGCAAUGUCGGAUAAUUACAGCUUGUUGUCUUUUUCAUAAUCUCAUUAGGAGGGAGAUGUCCAUGGAUCCAAUGGAGCAUGAAGUGAAUGAAAUUAAUGAGGCAGAAAAUAAUGUAGAAGGUGAUAAGAUUGGCACUGUUGAAGCACCCAAUCAAUGGAAUGCAUGA